AUGGCGAAUCAUGUUUAUCCGUCGCCGAGCUCUCAUUAUUCAACUGUCUUGGUGAAUGGCGUGAGCAUCAGCAGUAACGCCACUUCCAAGAAGGCGAAUGCAGCCUUGGCCUUCACCAGCAGCACUUUGACACAUGAGACGAAGCUGGACAAGAGGCGGAAGAUAGUUCACACAAAGACGGCUGAUCUUUUGCAGCCAGAGGAAACGAGGUCGCUCGGGGGGUCCAAGCUGAAGCAGGCCCUCCUCCUGUGUACAUGCUUGUGCAGUGUCGUUGGCACUUCGCGGGUGGUCUUCGCUCAACGUCGGAAGGACCCCGACACGCAGAGCAGCCGGGCAUUCCAGUUGUGCGUGGCAUGGUAUUCGUUGACAGUGGCAAUGCAGGUGUUGAACAAGUAUUUGGUUACCGAGUUGGAGUCUCCUGCGAUCGUCUCGGUGGUCCAAAUGUGGAUGGCCAUGGUCGCGAUGGGGAUCCCCUGCUACAGGCAGCUCUUGGAAGCCACACGCAAGCAGCUGCUCGCUUGGACGAUCGUUCCGGUACUCUUCGCUGCCAUGCUGUUCUCGUCCUUUUACACGUACGAGUAUGUGUCUCUGUCGUUCUACGCUGUCGUUCGCAGCUUGACGCCGCUAGUGGUACUGCCGGUGGAGCGCACGAUCAUGCCUGUCAGCGAGAGACCGAGGGUCUCCAAUCUCGUGAUCCUCUCGCUUGCCAUCAUGCUCGCAGGUGCCGCGAUGUACGGCCAAGGCACCGGCAGCAGCGUGUCCGCGCUCGGGGCCCUGCUCGCUGCGCCGAGCGCGCUCCUCGCGGUCUGCGACCGGCUGCUGCAGCGCCGAUUGCUCACCUCCGAGUGCCGCGGCCUGCCCUCCGCGGCCUGCGCCGUGAUGAACAACGCCCUGGGCUCGCUGCCCGCGUUGCUGCUCGCUGGCCUGACGCACGAGUUCUCCACCGCCUUCGCGCCGGAGCGCCUGGCCGCCUGGGCGGACCCGUACGUCGUGUGCCUCCUCGGCCUGUCGGGCGCCGCCGGAAUGGGCAUCUGCUACCUCGCCGUCGAGUGCCAGAGGGCCCUGUCGGCGACCUCGUUCCUGGUGCUCCAGAACUUCGAGAAGAUGGCCGUCGUGGCAUGUGGCAUUCUGCUCUUCGACGGCCCAGCGGCGACGCCGCUGGCCUCUGCGGGGCUGCUGUGCUGCCUGGGUGGCGGGUGCUUAUACGGCAGAGCGCAGAUGAUCUUGCAGGAGCAGCUCCGCCUGAGGCCGAAUGCCGCAGACGCGCACGAUCUGGACCAGUGA